GUUUGGUUUUAAGCUUGUUGUAGAGAGGAGUAGCGAGAUUAGAUACCGAAGGACUCAGAAGUAAUUCUUGGCUUUUAUCCUGCAAAUCUACCGAAUGCCGGAUGACUCUCGUCGAGAAAUGGUCAACGUGAAGAUGAAGCCUGAGAUUAUUACCCAGUUAGAUCGCAUUUGGGAGCAUAGCAUUUGGAACUACUUUGACCUGGCGAAGGGGACUUGGCCAGUCGUGGAGAGGCAGGGAAGUCCCCUGGCAGGAACAUGUUCUAGUCUCAUAGGCGGCCAAUUCAUCAGUGGUUCUCUUAAU